AAUGAAAAUACGGUGGUGGAGGCGGCGCCGCCGCCAGCGGCGGAAGUAAUUGAUGUCAACAAAACUCUGAGUAGGAACCGGACACGUGGCUCGAGAUCCAACCACAGACGCAAAUUCCUUCGUUCUCACUCGACCGGCCACUCCUUAGUCCAACCGGGUGAGAACACCGAGCGAUUCACUUUGCGGCUGCCGGUUGAGAUCAGGAAGCAGGUGAUGAACCGGCAGCUGAACCGGGCCACAAGCAUGAUGAUAUUACCGAGGGAAGGAAGCUCGCGGAGGGGUUACCGUACCAGCGGCGAAGGGAGCAGCAGAGGAAAGUAUAUUAGACGGUUCGAGAAACUGUCAGACCGGUGGAUGUUUAGCAUGACGCCACCCUUCUUCAGUAGAGCCUCUUCCAUUACGUCACCGAAGGUGGCAGCGAAUUCUGGCGAAGGGACAUCUGCUCCGCCUGCCGGCGCUGACUCAGUCCGGCCGCCUGUUUGACUGCUUAAUUCCUGUUUCAUAGGAAAUUUCCCAUAUUUUUAGUAGAUAUAUAUUUUUUAUUAAUCUUUCCCUUAAUGCUGCGGAUUUUGUGUCCAUAAUAUGUAAAUUGUCUAUUAAUUUUCCAUUUCUUUUUUUUUUCUUUAAUUCUUUCCAUUAUUUUAAUGUUUAAAUACUCCAUAAAGGGAGAUAAUAUAUGGUAAGAAUGAUA